AUGAAGGACACUGAUGAACUCAAAGCAUUUCUAAAAGCUGCUGGAAACAAACUUGUGGUUGUUGAAUUUUCAGCAAAAUGGUGUGGUCCAUGCAAAAGAAUUUCUCCUCUUAUUCAUGAGUUGGCCCAAACUUACAAAGUCAGAGCAAUACCGAUGUUUCUACUCUUCAAGGAAACCUCAAAGGCUCUUGAAAGUCAUAAAAGAAUCUCCGACAUCUAA